AUGUCGCAGAAGGAAACAGCAGCUCCCAAACCAACAAAAGCCUCUGGAAAAACACUCAAACCAAGCAAACCAAGCAAACCAUCAACUGUUGAUUGUGACAAAGACCAUACAGUAACAGCAAAAGAUGAUAAGAAUGUACAAGGUGUUUUGGUAGUGAAAUCAUGUCAUGCUUCUCGUUUUGCUCGCAAACCAAGUCGAUGUAACCAUGUUGGCGAUAAACUCGGUGCACUUCUUAAGAGCCGCCUAGACAAAGCAGGUAUCAAAGGACAAUAUCCUGUGAAUAUUGUCAAGACAGCCGGUGACAAGACACAAACUGAAUUUCAUUAUACAAUACCAUGUGACAAGUCACAACAUCAAACAGUGAUUCAAUCAUUGAAAGAUUCUUGCAAGGAAAAAGAUUUCAUCGAUACCGUCACAGCAGAGAAUCAACCUGAUGAAGAUGAUUCAAGCUCAGAAAGUGAUGAAGAAAGUAAAGAAGGUCAAACGACGAAAAUGUCACAGAAGGAAACGCUGCAGGGCAAAGUGACUGCUGCUACAAGUCAGCAACCGAGUAAGCUAUCUCUCUUUUGUAACAGCGCUUGUCUUGUAUUCGAAACUGGGUGUCGGACAGGUCGGUACCAGUUGGUAUCUUGGAAACUCGCCUAAUAGGCUUUUUGGUUCAUAGGCACGAAUAUGAUAGCAUCGGGAAAGAAAAUGUGGAGUUCAGGAUGCUUCACUAAUUGUCAACAUAGUUUUAUAUACUUGCAACGAUGUUAGGCGAGUUUCAGAGUUAGAGGCUAUAUGAAUGUCAGAGAAGCUGAAGAACAUGAUGGUAAGUAGAUGUAGAAUAUGAGUGAAAGUGUGAAAUAGUCCAGAAAGAGAGAUGUGAUUGGGAGCAUGUUGAAAUCAGUGAAGACUCGUCGAAUGUCAUGUUAGCUGAAGUAAGUUUGGAUGAUUUAAUGUGAUUUUUGAUAAUUGUGCAGUAAUCUUCAGCUGCUUUAUAUCUCGACAGAAUUCUUCAUCAUCAUGUUACUGAUCGGAACUGAGAAAUGACUAAUCCUCGCAGAAAGAGUGACAGGGACUUCGAUAUGAGUAUUUGUUGAAGCUACAACUAGAACUAUAACUAUACCAAGAAAAAUUACGUAAAACCUCGUGACAUUAACGAUUAUAAUUAUAAAAUGAAAACGAGCUUUGACUUUAUCAUUAAACUGACGAAACAGUCAAAGUUCACAUUUUUGCUGAAAUGAAAUCAAGGACAACGAAGUAGUUGCAUUGGUUUUAUGAAAACUUUUCUGUCAACUAAAUGUAUGAGGAAAAUUUGAAAAAAAAGAAAAUCAUAAGACUUCAUGAACGUUCUAUAGCCGUUCGAGAACUUCGGUGGACAUACAACAUUUCAUGCGACUUCACAACUGAAAUCUCAGUUGUUUCGCCGUUCUCUGGAAAAAAUAAAGGAGGUUUGCAGAACCUUUUAGGCCCCUAAAAGGUUCUGUGUUUUACCCGAUAGCAGAACCGCUGAGAAAGGGUUCUGGACGAGAAAAAAUAGUUCUGAAGUCCUCGUCGAAACCUUUUUUUCUCGACCAGAGCCAUUUUUCAGGGGUUCUACUAUCGGGUAAACGAUAGAACCUUUUAGAGGUCUAAAAGGUUCUGCAAACCUCCUUAAUUUUUUUCAAAGUAAGGUCUUCACAGUUGUUUUGAUAUGAACUAAAUUUCUUUUACAGUUGCUAUAUUAGAAGAACUCUAUUCUCAAGAAGGAACUAGUAACUAAACCAAAAUUUUAAAGGAGAACGCAUGUAAACAAAGGAAGGAAAAAAAUCGUAUUAAAAUCGAUGUUUGGACGAAUAAUCGCAAAAUAUCAAUCGAAAGUACAAAAAUCUGGAUUAAAUUCGAUGUAACAUUUGAUUAAAAUAGCUUUUACUUGGUAAAACUCGAUUAUCAGUGGAAUCGGUUUUAAUCAAUUAUCACUAAAAUCGGUUAAAAAUGGAGUUUGUGAGACUUAUAUAAGUUUUCGAAGAAAAUAGUCAGUGUUAGUUUUAAAUAAAGGUUGUGGCAGCUGCCCCCACUACGCCCCUGUAACCCCAUCACUAGAGACACUUCAUGAUUACAGAUAGCUUCCGCUACAGACCUUAUCAACGGUCUUCCUCUCUAUAACACAUAUUAGUAGCCUUCCUUCCCCAUUACAGAUGUGAACAACUAGCAUUAUACAAUGGUGACAUGUCAGAGUCUUAUUUGCUAAUUAAUUCAAUUGUUAUAAGAAUAAAAAUUUAACACUAAGAAAAAAAUGAAGAAAAUGAAAAUUAACCAGCGAAUAGCAGCAGUGAAAAGGAAAAAUAGAGCGCCCGUCGGUAAGCAUGCCCUUCGCCGAAAGUCACGUCGCCGAAAUACAGAUUGCCGAUAUUCGGCGAAGUAUGGUUUCGGCAAUGUAGCAAUCUUCAAUCUAUCACUUCGGCGAUAUGACUUCGACGAUGUCCCUCUCUAAGAUGUAGUUAUCGACAGUGUUUUUUUUUUCGAUGAUGAGGUAUACAAGCGUUAAGUCAAAGUGCCUAGGUUAAGUUAGGAAUCAGAUUAGAAACUAAGACAAACUGGCAGUCUAUCUCAAAAAUCCGGUGCCAUUUAUGAUGUUUAUUACAUCGGUAAAUAGCCGCUCUCUGCACCCACACCCAUAUCGAAUGAGUGAACGAAAAUAAUAAUAGUGGAAAGAAUGUAUCUGAUAGAGAUCAUCGAAAAAAAUUCGGCGAUCUUUAUUUCGAUCAUCUUUAUAUCGAUGAUCUUUAUUCCGAUGACAGCUAUUUCGGCGAUCUUUCUUUUCGGCAAUGUUUGUUUCGGCGUCAGUUUCGGCGAUGAGCAUUACAUUCCGUCCGUCAGAAAAUGAAAAGAAAAUUCUCAAUUUCAUGUUUUUGUAAGUAUUUACUUUUAGUAUAAUUAAGCUAAAGGAAGUGUGAGUUCCAUACCUUAUCAGCAAAAGAGCUAUACUGACAAAUUUUUUUUGUAGAAACCGAAAUAAUCGAUUAAAAAUCAAAUUCAUUGUUACUAACGAGGAAACCCCACGAACUGAUUAAAAGCUUUAAGUCUCAUGUUUACGCCAUAAGUAGUGCUUAGUGAGACUAGAUAAGUCCUAAAAGGGUUUCCUUGAAUGGGCCUAUUUGGCUAAGAUAUGAACAUUUCAAGUAUAGGACCAAAAAUGUAGAUAGAUUGCCUGUUGUGCAUGAAUUACAAUACUAACAUAUAUCAAGACAGAGUUUAUUGUUGAAAUGCUUAUCGAUAAAUCGUGGAGCUGUUGAAAGAAUUAUGCUGUGAUGUUUAUUUGAUGAUCUAGCUGCUACAUAAAAGAAGCACCAAGAUUGUAGCAAAAGGUCAUGCGUCGAUCGUCUUUCAUCACGUGUAGUGGGUGUCGAAAAGACCUAUGUUUUGAUCAUUUUGUUGUUAGUUAUUACAUUCACUAAACUAUUAUGUAUAAAGAACUAACAACUCGUGUUUCAGUUGUUCUAACGAUUUCAUUGUCUAUUCUAGUUUUUCUAUCCAUUACACCAGCGAAUAAAAGAUUUUUAUGCAUGUCUACACCGCUCUCAGAAUGAUUUAUGGGAAAUGCGUAAAAGACUUUAAUCUAUAAGUAUUUUGAAAAAUAGAUUUUUCUUUUGACACAUGUUAGUAUUGUAAUUCAUGCACAACAGGCAAUCUAUCUACAUUUUCGAUCUUAAACUUGAAAUGUUCAUAUCUUAGCCAAUUAAGCCCUAUUAGAUGUCCCUGUGCUUCUUUCUCUUAGUUCGAUUUUAUUUCGAAUGAUGACCCAAGAUAGAGAGCAUCGCGAUGAGAGAGAAAACGAAUAGAAGAAUGUAAACAAAGAGAACGAAAACAGAACAGAGACAAGAAACGAAUGCCAAGGACGAACAGAGAGAAAACGAACAGUAACAGCUGGAGCGAUGUGAAGGUAUGUGAACAACAUGCCUGUAACAUGCCCAUUCAAGAAGAUCCUUUUAGGAUUCAUCUAGUCUCAUUAAGCGCUACUUAUGGUGUAAACAUGAGCUUUAAAGGUUUGAAUCAGUUGGUAGGGUUCCCUCGUAAGUAAAAUCAAUUGUAAUGAAACUUUUAACAUUGAAUUCAAUCAAAAUUGAUACUUUUGAUCGAUUUUUCCUUUUUUGUGAAAUAUCGAUAUUAAUCAGACUUUUAGGCUUUUUUUUGACAUGGUUUAUUCUUUCUAGGUCAAAAAACUUAGGUGAAUAAUUAGAUUCAAAUCGACUAGGAGUCAUUUAUAAUCAAAAAUAAUCUAAAAACCAUAGCUUCAUCGAUUAUUCCUUUUUUCAUCAUGUUUCAUGCAAAAAAUCGUGAAAAAACUUAUUAGGAUCGACAAAAAGCUAAGAAAAUUGAUUAACGACUUUUGUCAUUUAUUCUAAACGAAAAAAGAAUUGAAAUCGAAAUCUUUUAUACAGUUUUUAAUCCACUAUAGUCAAAAAUAAUGAGAAUAAUCGAUGAUAUUUAAGUUUUUUGUAUUAUUUUUGGUAAUACUCUAUUGUUAAUCGAGUUUUCAUUGACUAAAAAUGUAUGAUUUUAAUUGAUUUUCAAUAAUUUCAAUCUAUUCUUAUCUGAUUAUUCGUCCAUUUUUUUUUACAUAGGCUGUGGCCUAUUCAGCACAGGGACGAACUUGUACUUACAUGAGAAGUCAACCAAAUGUAUCCGUAUCAAUAUACCACAUAGUGUAAGCAAGAGCAGAUUGUCUAUUGCCUGUCUGUCUUUUGUUUAAAUUAUGAAUUAUAGAGAUCAGGCGUUCAUAGCCUAAAUUGUGGACUAGAAAUGAUUCGAAUCAUGCAUAAUCGAUUCUCCUCUUACCAGGGACGGCGCAACCGGAAGAGAGGAGCAGAGCGAUAGGGAGGUCACUCUUCCUACUGCUUUGGAAAAUUUUUCCUAGAGUUUUGCCCAAAUUUGAAGUCGAUUUUCUCCAAUUCUUGAGGUCCUAUGAACGGUAGUGACUAUACGUAAACCUGGAAAAGAUCGAAAAACUAUUAACAGAUGGAAACAUCAAAUUUUUGACUCUUUCUCCGAUUUCUUGAUUUACCACACUCCGACCCUUUCGCGAUGUCUCUGUCUCUUACUUUCGUUAUAUUACAGAAUAAAGCUAUCUUUUACAAGGAUAUGAGUGAAGAGCGCGCCAAUUAUACCGUUGGGUUUCGAAAAGAAAAAUGCUUAUAAGACGAGUUCUACUCAAAAGAUUUUGAUAAUUUUUUUCUUUUAUUGGUCUAGAGACGAUCAUUCACUUCUGAAAAAAUUAAGUUUCCAUCUCUUUCAGUUUACGAGAAAUCGUAGCAACAGUAUCAAAUAUGUAGCUUUUAACGCCACCCUCAAGAAGAAGAUCAAUUUUUCUGUAUUCCAUUGCAAUUUUUUUUCAAUUAUUUUGUUAGCUAGAAUUGUGGAGCUCUUCAAGCGCUUUCAGAAUAUGUUAUCACUUUUUGCUUCACACAAAGUUCUAUAACUGAAAGGCUAUCGACAAUGCGCGUUAAGACACUUUUCAUUUUUGUGUAGAGCGAGAUUAAAAUCAUUGGCUUUCAAUUUCAAGAAAUUUGAUUGGAACAAAUCUUAUCGAAUAUGAAAGAGAGAGAGGGGGAAAAUAAUUUGACAAGUAAAAGAAGUUCGUUUCAUAUGCUUUGCUAAUACAAAAUUUUUAUACAAAGUUCAAAAAAAGCUAUGUUCACACAAUAUGUAGAGCGAGAUUUCAAAUUUUGUUAUUGCUAUAACUCACCGAAAAGUAAAUGAUUUGCGACAAAAAUUUGACCCUUUUUUUAUCUCAUAGAGUAGAGUAAUAUUCCGAAAAAAUCAAACAAAAAUCUUCCUCAUUUUGAAAGAAAAUUCAGUUUUAUUAAGAAAGUGUAGAGCGAGAUUUUUGUGGUAAAAAGUGUAGGGCAACGUGAAAGUCAUCGAAAUUUCAAUUAAACAAAUUUUAUUUAAACAAACUUCAUUGAGUAUCAAGUGAAGUGCUAAGGGAAAAAAAUUUUGACUCCUAAAAUAAUUUUACUAGCAAACUGUUUAUGGGAGUAGUUUAUACUCUAAGUUUAUUGGAAAAAUGGAUGUAGCAUAUAGAAAUUGGCUGUAAUAUCGUGAAUCUUCACCACAGCACAGGGAAGUGUUGGGAAAAUAUUAUUUUUAUACAUAUUGGAUAUAGCUCUAUUAAAUACAGCACUUAACUUUCCUUUAUCAUUAAAUUUAUUUUUUUCGAUUUUUUUCCCCAAACGGUACAAUUGGAGCGCUCUUCACUCAUAUUUAAUUUUAAUCGACUAAGCAUGUUUUCAAUCGAUUUUAAAGGUUUUCUGAUAUAAUUGCGCCCUCUCUGCUUAAAAAGAUUUAUUAUAAUAGCUUCUAGAUUAUUUUAUUUGGUGCGCUUUAGCUUAGUAGCAAUUUCAUAGUUCGUAAGCACGAGCAAGCGAAAAAACCUAUCAAGUAUCGAGGCUUCGAGUUCGACUCUCAAGAAAACCACUUAACUUCGAUGUGCAUGAUUAGUAUCGAUUAACAACGGGAAAACAAAUUAGAAUCGAUUAUCAGUUAGUAAUAGAUUAAAAUCGAACAAAAAAUAAGAAAACAUUAAAAUCUAACAAAGAGGAUGAAUAGAUUACAAUUGAUUCAAACGUACCCAUGUAAAGAAAAGACCAGACAAUUCUGAUUUUAAUCCAUUUCCCUCGAAUUGCUGAUGCAU